GGAUUCUUAAUUCGUCAGCGUUUCCCGCCUAGCGACUUCCUCCGGUCAUAUAGAUGCGCAGGAUCGAGCGUGUGUCAAAUGGAACAAUGUAACGGAUCAGAGUUGACAGCCUCAGACGAGAGGUUACUGAUUAAUCUCAGUCCGGCUCCAUAACCAUAGAUAAGGGCUCGAGAUCCGCCUGAUUGACGGGAGAAUGACCGCAGGUCUGCAUUGAGUAUUUAGUGUCUUCUUUUCAAGGAACAUUUGCUUUGAAUGGGGAAUGUAAUUUGCAUGCUACCCAAGUUCAGGCAGGAUCUUACACAAGCCUGGAGACGGGGAACGCACCUGCCUCUCUUCCUCGACCUGUAGACUCGUUCAUCAGCACCAGCUGUCUUUAAUGGGAUAAACUAUCUCCAGAGAUCAGGUCUCCGCAUGGUACUCUGGUCGAAAGAUCAAGAAAAACUAUCCAACAUGUCCGCCGGGAUGGAAAGGAUAGAGAUGAAGAAGGAAGGGGUGCUGCCAGCUUUCCACCACUCCAACGGGUCAGUCCAUCCGGUUAUACUACCUGACAACCCAGAGGAGUUACCCCAGACCCCUGGAGAGUACGAACUCACAGAGGUGACCUCCAUACCGGACCGCAGUGAUCAGGAGAACGAGCGGCCGGACAUGGUGGUUCUUGACUGUCGGGCCAACGCAAAGGGCCAGAGGGAAGAGGACGCGCUCCUGGAGAACAGCAGCCAAAGCAAUGAGAGUGAUAACACUAGUAUGGACCAAAGCCCGGUGCCACCGGCUCCACUAAAGGAAACGUCCUUUUCUAUUGGACUCCAGGUUUUGUUCCCUUUCCUGCUGGCAGGGUUUGGGACAGUUGCAGCUGGCAUGGUUCUGGACAUUGUUCAGCAUUGGACGGUAUUCACAGAGGUGACUGAAGUCUUUAUCCUGGUGCCUGCUCUCCUGGGCCUGAAGGGGAACUUGGAGAUGACCCUCGCGUCCAGACUGUCUACCGCGGCUAAUAUUGGACAAAUGGAUACGGCCAAGGAUAUGUGGAAAAUGAUCAUGGGAAACCUCGCACUAAUUCAGGUUCAGGCCACAGUGGUCGGCUUCCUGGCUUCCAUAGCCGCAGUCAUUUUUGGCUGGAUUCCAGAGGGUAAUUUUAAGAUGGGCCAUGCCGUCCUGCUCUGUGCCAGCAGCGUGGCCACUGCAUUCAUCGCUUCUUUGCUGCUAGGUCUUAUCAUGAUCGGGGUUAUCAUUGCAUCCAGGAAGGUUGGCAUCAACCCAGACAAUGUGGCCACCCCCAUCGCAGCCAGCCUCGGUGACCUGAUCACCCUGGCGCUGUUGGCUGGCAUCAGUACUGGCCUGUAUAAGGAGCUCGAAUUCAACGAUUAUGCCAACCCAAUGGUUUGUGCCUUCUUCAUCGCCCUGACACCCAUCUGGGUACUUAUCGCCCGGCGGACACCUUCCACCCGGGAAGUGCUGUACUCAGGCUGGGAGCCUGUCAUUAUAGCUAUGGCUAUCAGCAGUGUUGGAGGCCUCAUUCUGGAUAAGACCGUAUCUAACCCCAACUUUGCUGGAAUGGCAGUUUUCACUCCCGUCAUCAACGGUGUGGGCGGCAAUUUGGUUGCAGUUCAAGCCAGUCGAAUCUCCACCUACCUGCACAUGAACGCCUUGCCCAUAGCAGAGCCAAACCCAGCGCCACAGAAAUGUCCCACUCCCUGGAGCACGUUCUUUGGCUCAGGUGUAAACGCACGUUCUGCCAGAGUGCUCUUCCUCCUAGUCGCUCCUGGUCAUCUGGUCUUCCUCUACACUAUUAACUCUAUGCAGGGUGGACACACCACUCUCACCUCUGUCUUCAUUGCAUUUUAUCUGGCCGCAGCUCUGCUUCAGGUUGUGAUCUUGUUGUACCUUGCAGACUGGAUGGUAAACUGGAUGUGGUGUCGAGGAAUGGAUCCUGACAACUUCUCCAUUCCCUACUUGACUGCUCUGGGAGACCUGCUGGGGACAGGCUUCCUGGCUCUGUGUUUCCACAUCCUUUGGCUAAUUGGAGAUCGGGACACAGAUGUGGGUGAUUGAUCCACAAUGCUUCCUUUGACUCUGUCCAAGCAACAUAAUCGUCUUUAUUUAUAAUGCCACAUAGAUAAAUAAUAUCUAUAUUGUUAUGGCUACAAUGGCUACCAUGAUUUUAUUGAUGACAAUUUUGCUUUAGUAUUGAUAUGUAAUUUCAUUGUUGUUUAGCUACUGGGAGAACAACGAUCCUCAUUAUUUUUCAAUGGGGAUGUUCGGCCCUAUUUUAUGGCCAGUCGCAUUGGCUGCAUGUAACGAUGACAUCGACCUAAACUUGAAAUAUUUCACGAGAGGCAAAUGAACAUAGAAUGCUAAAUCACCAAGUUCUACAAAAUAGUGAUUUGAUGGUGGAACUGAAUCUCUAAGGGGACCUUUUAAUGAUAAAAUGCAGAGAAAACAGCCCUAUUUAACACGCAAUUUUACGUUUUCAUGCUCUAAAUUUGCUUUAGUAGCUCUGCUUAUGGUUACAGAGAGAGAUUGUAACCUGAAAUGCUUUAUCGUUUCAUUGAAAUCCCUGAAAUACUCAAGUUGUGCAAUGAAAAGGGUUCAUGGAUUGUUUACGCUCAACACCUGAAGCAUAAUAUAUCAGACUUUGCCUCAUUUGCGUAGGUACAUUUCCAUUCUGUACACAAGACUGUCACCCAGUCAAAGGCCCGUAAGAUUGUUUUAAGCUUCUCAGGCCGUUAUUGUGAAGUCCACAUCCGUUAAUCUCCAAAAUCUCUUCUGUGGACUCAAAAUACUGGGACAGUUCAUGUAUUUGUAGUGAUGGUUAACAAAGUGGUUAUUUUAAAAUAGCUGUGAGUUAGAAAAUGGCAUUCAGGACCCUUUUUAUUAAACCAGAAAUCAUAUUUGACAAUGUACUUUUAAAGGCUUUCCAAAUCUAAAUGAAUAUUCUAUUAUAUUGAGUAUAUAUACAGCUGAACCUUUGCUAAGCUCCGCCUCCCUGGAUGAACUGGAGUUUCUAUGAUUUUUAGUCAAGUGGGCUCACAAAGUCUUCAAAAUUAAUUGAAAAUUAUUAUCAUGUGAGUUGAAAGGAAGUAUACAUUGCAAAGCACUUUAUCUGCCUUUAAAGAAAUUAAAUUACCCAGUAAUAUGAUUAAAAAAAAAUGCAGAGCCUGCAAACUCGAGGCAAAAACGCUUAUCACAGUCAAUUAAAAAGAGAAAAGGCCCAUUUCAUUGCUCAGUUACCUUAUGGA